AUGACGCCAAAACGGCUCAAUUUCAUCACGGGAAACAAGAACAAGCUCUUGGUGGUCAAGGCGAUCCUGGGCGAUACGGUCAACCUGCAGAGUCAGCCGCUGGAUCUGGUGGAAAUCCAAGGGACAAUGGAGCAGAUUUCAGUGGACAAGUGCCGAAGAGCUGCGGAUCUUGUCCAAGGCCCCGUGCUUAUUGAAGAUACAAGCUUGUGCUUUGAUGCAUUGGACGGGCUUCCGGGUCCGUAUAUCAAAUGGUUUUUCGAAAAGCUUGGGUGCGAAGGGCUCAAUAACCUUCUCGCCGCAUACCCGGACAAGUCUGCCCAAGCCGUAUGCACAUUUGCCUAUUGCGAAGGACCAGGCCAUGAACCCAUCCUCUUCCAAGGUCGCACCAAUGGCAGGAUAGUACCGGCAAGAGGCUCGAUGGGUUUCGGCUGGGAUCCGAUAUUUGAGUACCAAGGACAGACGUAUGCCGAGAUGAACGAGGUAGAUAAAAACAGCAUCUCGCAUAGUUUACAAGCAUUGGAGAAACUUAAGAAGUGGCUACAAGAAUCGUAG